UAUAAAUAAGCGCUUGUGGAACUGGAAAUCCAAUAAAACAAGUACUUCACGCUGGCACGACCUGUGAACUCAAAAGUGAUUGGAAAACGGGAAAAAUAGAAAGGGCGAAUAAAAGCGUUCAAUGUUCUAUGCCACACGAUCCGAUGGGCCAUCGCUUGGCUUCGGGAAAGUCGCAGAUCGUUUCCGGGUCGAUCGGAUCCAUCGAUGACCGCAAAAUUUGCGUUGGCCUAAGUCGAGUCUGUUAUCAGGUGGCGGUGAUAGUGAAACAUCGAUUUCGCGGCGACGAACUUUCUUGCUACCUGCAAGUGAUGCGGAUGCGCAGAAACUUUGACGUCAAACGUUCCCGCUGAACGAACAGGACCAUUUCGAUAUUGAUUUUCCGCGGUUUCGAGGUUUCUAGAGCAUCUGCCAGCAUGACGCGAACGCGGAUGUCCACGGGCGCAAGCGCUGGUUCACUCAACAUGGUGGUACCCUUUCGCUCUAGAAUCGUCUCGUGUCGUAGAACGCGACACGGCCGUGACGAUACUUGCUCCAAGAUGAGGUCAGUGCACGCGGUACGGCAGCGGUUCGUUUGAUUCUCACCCUCUGACAGUAGAUCGGGGCUAGCUUCCCGAUCAACAUGGCCGGAGAUGCGUGCAUCACUGUUACGUACUUCCUGAUCUUCGCGUCGAUCGCGGUCAUCAAUGGACAAUUAUUAUCUACGGAACAUCGAACUCAUGCUGCGUCGGAACGUGUAAAUGAUCUAUGGUGUUAUCGAUGCGACACGAUUGAAGAGGGAGAGAAAUGCAUAAAUAUCACCGAAAAUUACACCGAUUUCCGGCACAAGUGCAUUGGCGAUAAAAGGACUUGUAUGGUAAAACGUAUUUCUUAUACGACCAGCACGGAAGACUCGACCUCCAGUCCCCAAACAUGGUCAGUGGAGAGGAACUGCACUAGCAAAUGCGAGUCCGGAUGUAUAGUGAUUGGGGAACGCACUAAACUGUUCGCUUGCACCACUUGCUGCGAACAAUCGUUCUGCAACGUCGGUACCGGCGCGGCGCACAUCCUGAUGAUGAAAGGGAUCGACCUGCUCCUAGACCUGAUUCUCCAGAUCACGUUGACAAUCAUCCUGCAUCCGUCGUGACACUGUGAAUAAGACUAAAAAAAGUACAUAGUCCUCGAUUUUCCCUCCUUGUAAAUAAUUCGUUUCAUCUCAUUCUAUCAAAUUUCAUUCCGUUCUGGAAACGAGUUAUCCGCGAAUUUUUCGUACCAUUUCUGUUUAUACACGCGAUGUAAUAUAUGUAUCUAUAUGCAUGCGUUGUGAUUUGUAUGUACAUAUCUAAAUAUGUAAGUGCGGUAUUCCACGUAUUUAUUACUGAGCUCAUUUAAUUUUGUAAAUGAUAUAGAGAUUCAGUUUUGGAUGAGUCUUAUUCUGACUGCUAUGUUUACGACUGACUAUGAUUGCUCUUUUAAGAAUAAAUUGAAAAUCGAAUAAUUA